AUGGGAAAUUUUGUCAAGAAUUAAGAAGUAAUUUAGAGAAAUUUGGAUGAAAUUAUACAGAGUUAAGUCUAAGAAUCUCCAAAUAUUCUGAUUAAGCAAUCUAAAAUUGGGAAUGUGGAAAUUAUAAAAUUGAAUAUGUAAAUAAUCGAAGUCGAGUUAAUCUAUGAUUCAGUCGAUAAAAUUUAAGUGGAUUUAACAUAUAGUAGUUAGGUAAAUUGUUCAUUAUCCUUCUACACCUAUAUAACAGAGAUCAAGGGGUCUAAAUCACAGAGAUUUGAGAGAACCAUGUAAGAGAGCAUAAUUUAGAAGUUCAAAUGUCCCUAAGGUUUGAACCAUCAAUUUCCUUCUAGAUUCGUUGAAUUUAUGAUUACAGAUUUGCUAAAAUUUAACAGAAUAAAGGCUACUCCUGAAGUUUCACAUCACACUCUUAUAAUUGAGAUGAAAAGUCUUACAUCUAAAAGCUUUUAGAUAAUAUACUUUUACAGGAUAGAUUGUAAUGAAUAGACUUUUAGAUGUGAAUUAAUAAACACUAAACAAAUUAUCGUUUACAAAAAUCGUAUGUAUGAAAUUCACGAAUUGUAUGGGGUUAAAAACACUCCCUUUAAUCCAGAAUGGAAUCCAAAUACUAUUGAGGAUAAAGAAUGUGUAAUAUGCUUUUGUAACAUCAUAAACACUGUCCUAUUACCAUGCAAACAUAUGUGCACUUGUUCAAUAUGUGCUGAUCAUAUACUAAUGAGUUAAAAAGUAAAAUAAUGUCCAUUGUGCAGAAUUGACAUUGAUAAUUAUUUAACAUUAGAAAUUAAAGAUAAAGUAAAGUAAGAUUUAUAAUUACGAUAAUUUUAAGAAGAGUAAUAGAAAUAUUUAGAAGCUAUUAAGGAGAAAAAGGACUAGUAAGCUAUAAAAUAAAGUACAAUAAUGGAAUAAUUAAAAUCUAAGGUUCAUUAAGAUUAAAUGUAAAAAUUAAAAUUGUUUAAUGACAUCGAUGAUUUUCAAAGAAAUAAUUAAGUUGUUGAAGGUCUUUAUAAUAAUGAAAUCUGCUAUUCAAAUGAAGAAAAUUUAAGUGAUCGUGAUAACAAUUAAAAUUAAAAUUCGUUUCAUGAUAAAAUCAAGUAAUUUAGUGAGGAAGAUAACUUAAAGGCUAUGCAAUUUAGUGAGGAUGAUAAAUAGCGCUAUUCAUCAAAUUAAAGAAUGAGUAGUUAUGAUUUAAAAUAGGAAAGAGGGAUUAUUAGUAGUUUUUAGCAUUCUUAAGAAAAGUAAAACGACUAAUAAUAAUAACAAUCUGAUGAUAGCGAUGUUUCUCAAGAGUUUCCAUAAAUUUCAUCCUCAAAAUAAUAAUAGUAUUAAUAUUCAUUUGAUUAUUAAAAUUAUGAUGAAUAGUCUCAUUAUAAUUCUUAGUAGUAAUUAACAAAUACAGAUAGGCAAUUUGUUUCGAAGCAACCAUAAUAAUUUAAUUAGGGGACUGAUAAAGCACUUCCUACUAUUCCUGAAUAUUUUAAGGAAAGUUCCGAUUUUUUUUAGUAGAUUAUUAAUAAUGAUAAAGAUGAUAACAUUAAAUAAAAUAAUAUUGGUAUUUAAUAAAAUAAAUAUUUGGAUGAAUUUCCUUAGAUAUAAUCAUAAGAAUUAAACAAAUCUUAAUUAUCUUAGUAAUAAUAAUAAUAAUAGUAAUAAUAAUAAUUGUCAUUUAGAUAAUUAAAGAAAUAAAAAAAUUAACAAAUAUAGUUUAGUUAAUUAUAAUAAAAUGAUUAUGAAUAAGAGGAUGUAUUAAUGAAUUAAUUUAUCUAAAAUGAUGUUUAUAAAGAAGCUGAAAAUGAUUUUUAACAAUAAUAUCAAUUUUAAAAUGAUCUUCCUUAAGAACAACUAAUUAAUGGCUAAGUUUUAAAAAAUAGAUAAUAAGAUGAUGAAGUUUAUAAUAAUUGCAUUUAGGAAGUGGAUGUUAAUAAGCAGUAGGAAGAUAAUGAAGAUUUUGGGUUAGUUUAGAAAAAUGAUAAUUUAUAGUAAAUUAUUUAUGAAGAGAGGUCUUCGUAAAAUUAAUUACAAUAAUAAAUUUAAGAGGAGAAGAAUUAUGCUUGUAAUUAAGAAUAAAAGAACGAAUAAAUUUCAUUAAUAGUUUUUGAUUGA